CGGCGGAGGGAUUUGAGGCUGGUUCCACCCCCUUGCCCCUGUCGCGAGCCGAGGCCGCGCGGGCUCGUGAGCUGCGGCCUGGUGCGCGCGCUGGGCGGGCGACAGAGACUGAGGGACGCGGUCGCUGUCUGAGUCGAAGCUAGAGCUAGAGUACCUGCUGCUGUGGGGCCGCCGCGAGCUCCUGGACCGUCGCCAGGCCGAGGAGGGCGCCGCGCGGCGGACUUGGCACGAUGACCCAGUUCCUGCCGCCCAACCUUCUGGCCCUCUUUGCUCCCCGUGACCCCAUCCCAUACCUGCCACCCCUGGAGAAACUGCCACAUGAAAAACACCACAAUCAACCUUACUGUGGCAUUGCGCCCUACAUCCGAGAGUUUGAGGACCCUCGAGAUGCCCCUCCUCCAACUCGAGCAGAAACCCGGGAGGAACGAAUGGAGAGGAAGAGACGAGAAAAAAUUGAACGGCGACAGCAGGAAGUGGAGACAGAACUCAAAAUGUGGGACCCGCACAAUGAUCCCAAUGCUCAGGGUGAUGCCUUCAAGACUCUCUUUGUGGCCAGAGUGAACUAUGACACAACAGAGUCCAAGCUCCGCAGAGAGUUUGAGGUGUACGGACCCAUCAAGAGGAUACACAUGGUCUACAGCAAGCGGUCAGGGAAGCCCCGGGGCUACGCCUUCAUCGAGUACGAACACGAGCGAGACAUGCACUCCGCUUACAAGCACGCAGACGGCAAGAAGAUUGACGGUAGGAGAGUCCUCGUGGACGUGGAGAGGGGCCGAACUGUGAAGGGCUGGCGGCCCCGGCGGCUAGGAGGGGGCCUCGGCGGGACCCGGCGAGGUGGGGCCGACGUGAACAUCCGGCAUUCGGGCAGGGACGACACCUCCCGCUACGACGAGAGGCCCGGGCCCUCCCCGCUGCCCCACAGGGACCGGGACCGGGACCGCGAGCGGGAGCGCAGGGAGCGAAGCCGCGAGCGCGACAAGGAGCGAGAACGACGACGCUCCCGCUCUCGGGACCGGCGGCGGCGCUCGCGGAGUCGCGACAAGGAGGAGCGGCGGCGCUCCCGGGAGCGGAGCAAGGACAAGGACCGGGAACGGAAGCGGCGGAGCAGCCGGAGCCGGGAGCGCGCGCGGCGGGAGCGGGAGCGCAAGGAGGAGCUCCGCGGCGGCGGUGGCGGCGGCGGCGACACGGCGGAGCCCUCCGAGGCGGGCGACGCGCCUCCUGACGACGGGCCUCCCGGGGAGUUGGGUCCCGACGGCCCAGAGGGCCCUGAGGAGAAGGGCCGUGAUCGCGACCGGGAACGACGUCGGAGCCACCGGAGCGAGCGGGAGCGGCGUCGGGACCGCGAUCGAGACCGGGAGAGGGACCACAAGCGGGGGGAGAGGGGUGGAGAGCGGGGCAGGGAUGAGGCCCGGGGUGGGGGUGGCGGUGGUGGCCAGGACAACGGGCUAGAGGGUUUGGGCAACGACAGCCGCGACAUGUACAUGGAGGCUGAGGGCGGCGACGGGUAUCUCGCUCCAGAGAACGGGUAUUUGAUGGAGGCGGCACCAGAGUGAAGAGGGCCGCUUGCCAGCAGUUGGGACGUGCUCCUACCCUCCCUGUUGCUGCCGACCUCUCCCCCCACCUCUUGGCCACCACCUAAGUUUGCCAGCCAAGGGUAGGAGUCUUCCUAUUUGUUCUGGUCUCAGAUUUAAAAAUAAAAUUAAUUUCUUGUUGAUA